GCCUUGCUCUGCCAGCCCCUCCUGCUGCGCCUUUGCCCCGCCUUCUCGCCCAGCUCCGGCGCUUCGAGCCCCGUGCCCCCGCAAGGUACAGCGGACGCAACGCAGCACAUGCUCGCAGUUAUUCGCAAGUUUGCGCUCAGCACCCUGGAACGUUACUUGCGCAUAGCGCAGCAAUUUCUUGGCUUUCUCGAGGCCUGCAACAUCUCUUUCGACGGCGUCACGCUGGCAGCCGUGCUCGACUACCUCGCAGCAGCCCGUGCCUCGCGCAGCCAAGACCUUGAAAUACACCGCAUCAGUGCCACCUCUGCCAUCAAAGCCCUGCGCUGGUUCCACAGGGAGCAACUCACCCCCGCCAUGCAAAGCCCCGUUAUUUCGGCCUACUCGUCGCGCAGCACCGCCAAAGACCGCAAAGAAGCUCUUCCGAUACCCAUGGCAAUCAUAGCUGCAUGGGAGCAACGAGCGUGCGACCCCCACACACCGCUCAGCACCGUUCUCAUCUUGGGCGCGGCUUUGUUGGCCAUCCAUGCCAGCCUCCGCUUCGGGGACAUACAGCGCGUCGACUUUGCGUCGCUCUCGCUCACCACGGUCGCACUGCACGGCAUUUGCUUUGCCACAAAAACUACAUCUCAGGGCCAACCCUUCGCGGUUACCCUGGCAGGCAUCACAGGCCGAGACACGCACUCUUGCUGGCCGCUGCAUUGGUUGGCCGCACUGCAACGCGGCUGCUCGCCGUUUCGCGACAAAGACGGAGACCCAGACUUCCUCUGGUCAGCACCGCACCGGACCUCCGUACCCUUGUCGAACUUGCGCCAGCAUCUUAUUGCACCGCAAUGCUCGCUCUGCGUUGGGCUGCCACCUUGCCUUGGCCGGGGGCCAUUCCCGGCCUUACGGCUCGCGAAGCACUGCAACUCAAGCUGCGCCUCAGCAAAGACAUCCGCUUGUCUCAGGGCCAUCACAGAGACAGCGCCGCACUCUAAAGCCGCAACGAUACCUUUGACAGCCUUUACGCACAGCGCCGCCUAUCUCUCGCACUGA